AUGACCUUCCUCAGCGGUGGUGACUCCACCUGUCCUCCGGGUGGCGCUACGGGUGGCGGUACAGGCGGCCAGCAGACCAUUCUCCAUGAGGAGCAGUGGAAGAUGCCGGCUCUGCCAGCACUGCUGCUGUCGAUUUACGUCGCCGUCCUGCUGCUGACCAUGGCGCCGCUCUCCUUCAGCCAGGCCAACACCCUCUCUGCCGUCCGGAUGGGUGAGUACCGCCACUGUGGGCUGAAGUCCCCCAGUCGCUCUCGUCGUCUGCAUUCUGCCCACUCUCCGAUCGUGCCGUCGCAUUUUUCUGCGUGCGCCAAAUGCAAAGCAGCGGCCAUCUUGGAUGACCACUCAGUGUGCGGUCGUGGUGAGCGUCUGGCGCUGGCACUGGCGAGGGAGAACAUCAACAGUCUGAUGGAGGGCUCCUCCCAAGCGAGGGUGGAGGUGGACGUCUACGAGCUGCAGAAGGACUCCCAGUAUGACACCACUGACACCAUGUGUCAGAUCCUGCCGAAGGGUGUGGUCUCAGUGAUCGGGCCCGCCUCCAGUCCUGCCUCCGGGUCCACCAUCAGCCACAUCUGCGGGGAGAAAGAGAUCCCUCAUGUGAAGAUUGGUCCCGAAGAAACCCCGAAGCUGCCCUACCUUCGCUUCGCUUCAGUGACGCUCUACCCGAGCAACGAGGACCUGAGCCUGGCCAUCGGAUCCAUCCUGCACUCCUUCGGCUACCCAACAGCCAGCCUCAUCUGUGCCAAAGCAGAGUGCCUGCUGCGAUUGGAGGAGCUGGUCCGCCGCUUCCUCAUCUCCAGGGAGACGCUGUCGGUGCGGAUGCUGGAUGACAGUCUGGACCCCACCCCUCUGCUGAAGGAGAUCCGUGACGACAAAGUGGCCACCAUCAUCAUCGACGCCAACGCCUCCAUUUCCUACCACAUCCUCAGGAAGGCGAACGAGCUGGGGAUGACGUCCGCCUUCUACAAGUACAUCCUCACCACCAUGGACUUCCCUCUGCUCCGGCUGGACGACGUGGUGGGCGAUCAGUCCAACAUCGUGGGCUUCUCCAUGCUGAACAGCAGCCAUCCCUUCUACCUGGAGUUCAUCAGGAGCCUCAACCUGUCCUGGAGGGAAGGCUGCGAUAUCAGCCCGUACCCCGGACCGGCGCUUUCGUCGGCCCUGAUGUUCGAUGCAGUCCAUGUGGUGGUGAGCGCCGUGCGGGAGCUGAACCGCAGUCAGGAGAUCGGGGUGAAGCCGUUGAGCUGCACCUCUCCACUCAUCUGGCAGCAUGGAACCAGCCUCAUGAACUACCUACGCAUGGUUGAGUACGAUGGUCUGACGGGUCACAUUGAGUUCAACAGCAAAGGCCAGAGGACCAAUUACACUCUGAAGAUCCUGGAGAAACACCCCGGGGGCCAUAAAGAGAUUGGUACCUGGUACUCCAACAACACGUUGGCCAUGAACUCCACUUCCCUGGACCUCAACGCAUCAGAGACGCUGGCUAACAAGACGCUGAUAGUCACCACAAUACUGGAAAACCCGUACGUCAUGCGUAAGUCCAACUACCAGGACUUCCAGGGUAACGAUCAGUACAAGGGUUUCUGUGUGGACAUGCUGCGGGAGUUAUCGGACAUCUUGAAGUUCUCCUUCAAGAUCAAACUGGUGGACGACGGGCUGUACGGAGCCCCGGAGCCCAACGGCAGCUGGACUGGCAUGGUGGGAGAGCUGAUCAACAGGAAAGCGGACCUGGCAGUGGCCGGCUUCACCAUCACCUCAGAGAGAGAGAAGGUGAUCGACUUCUCCAAACCCUUCAUGACUCUGGGGAUCAGCAUCCUCUACCGAGUUCAUCUGGGUCGUAAACCAGGUUACUUCUCCUUCCUGGAUCCCUUCUCUCCAGCUGUCUGGCUCUUCAUGCUGUUGGCUUACCUCGCCGUCAGCUGCGUCCUCUUCCUCGCCGCCAGGCUCAGUCCCUAUGAAUGGUAUAACCCUCACCCGUGUCUGCGGGAGCGGCGGGACGUCCUGGAGAACCAGUACACGUUGGGGAACAGCCUCUGGUUCCCGGUGGGCGGCUUCAUGCAGCAGGGCUCAGAGAUCAUGCCCCGGGCUCUGUCCACCCGCUGCGUCAGCGGAGUCUGGUGGGCCUUCACCCUCAUCAUCAUCUCGUCCUACACGGCCAACCUGGCAGCGUUUCUCACCGUCCAGAGGAUGGAGGUUCCCAUCGAGUCUCCGGACGAUCUGGCCGACCAAACCAACAUCCAGUACGGCACCAUCCACGGGGGAUCCACCAUGACCUUCUUCAUGAACUCGCGGUACCAGACGUACCAGCGGAUGUGGAACUACAUGUACUCCAAGCAGCCCAGCGUGUUCGUGAAGAGCACCGAAGAAGGCAUUGCCCGCGUCCUCAACUCCAAGUACGCCUUCCUGAUGGAGAGCACCAUGAACGAGUACUACCGCAGCCUCAACUGCAACCUCACGCAGAUCGGAGGACUGCUGGACACCAAAGGAUACGGCAUCGGCAUGCCUCUGGGCUCUCCGUACAGAGAUGAGAUCACCCUGGGGAUUUUACAGCUGCAGGAGAGCAACAGGCUGGAGAUCCUGAAGAGACGCUGGUGGGAGGGAGGACAGUGUCCCAAAGAGGAGGACCACCGAGCCAAGGGUCUCGGCAUGGAGAACAUCGGUGGGAUCUUCGUGGUCCUGAUCUGCGGCCUCAUCAUCGCCGUCUUCGUGGCCAUCAUGGAGUUCGUCUGGUCGACGCGUCGAACUGCCGAGACGGACGAGGUUUCUGUCUGUCAGGAGAUGUUGACGGAGUUUCGUAACGCCGUCUCCUGUAAGAAGAGUUCCCGCUCUCGUCGCCGCCGGCCGCUGAGCAACACUGGGGGUGGAGUCCUGCGUCACCCAUCCCGCCUGGCUCUGGCUGCUCCUCGCCCCAUCCGUCUGGUCCGCGAGAUGCGUCUCAGCAACGGCAAAUUGUACAGCGGCGCCGGUCCGCUGACGGGCGGGCUGGCGGGGCUGGGGGGAGGUAUGGGAGGAGGCCCCGAUUUGGGCCCGGGGCCACAGAGGCUGCUGGAGGACCCGCUAGGAGCCAACGCCACCACCAGCACGCCUCCUCCCCCUCCCCCGGCGUCAGCCCUGGUGGCUCCUCCCGCCCCGCCGCGCGGCUUCCUGCAGGGCUGCAGCCAUGUACGAAUCUGCCAGGAGUGCCGGCGGAUCCAGAGCCUGCGUCCGGCCACCCUCACACCUCCCCCGCCUCCUCCGCCCUCCUCAUCCUCCUCUGCCUCCUCCUGCUCGCGGAUCCCACCCUCGGUUGCGACGCCAGGGCACCACCAUCGCCACAACCCCUUCCAUCUCCACUACCACCAUGGCUCCAUGUCGCUGCCCCGUCUCCCGCCGCCACCUCCCCCGAUGCCGACAGACAGAGCUGACAGUGAUGGGGGUGGGGGGGCCGCGAGCCCUCAGUGGGCCAAAACCAAACCAGUUCCACCGCCCAGACCACUGCCCCCCACCAAAAUGCCCUCACACCCGCCAACAGACUUACUAGGGGGGCACUGAGCUGAGGGACACUGUGAGAGGGGUCUCUUUACAUUUUGGCCCCAACGACAGCUGGAUCAGUCCAAACCAACCUUUCAGCAGGGGUGGAGGGAAGAAACCAUUUUGACCCGUUUGCAGGGUCUUUCACUAAGACAAAGCCACAUGGGUUCAGUGGAUCAUACCAGUAACCUUUCCGCUGGGGUUGACGGAUCAAACCACUUCGACCUGUCAGCAGGAAGGACAAGACACGUGUUCCAUUUUGAAUUAAACCAGCUGAGACGUUCGCAGCCUUUGGAUCGCAGGGCUGCAGAGGAUGGACAAACCGGUACUGGCCGCCAAAUGGACGUCAUCCUGGGGUCUCGUUUGUUGAACCCAUGUUCAGUCCUCGCACUCUUGCCUCAGCCAAUCAUCAGGCUCUGUGCCAAGCGAGGAGGACUCAGAGACACAGAGAGACUGAGUUUAUCAGCACUCUGAAGUUUUACUGUUUGUACAAAACACCUGGUUCAGUAUUCGGACGGACGGACGGACACACACACACACACACACACACACACACCACACAGUAGCAGAGCAGCUGUACAGUUUUCAUGGUCAUCUGUCAAUCAUUCGGACGUCUGUGGAGGAUGUAGCUCUUAACAACCCUGAUGCUGUUUGAACAGACUCCUGCUGAGCGGCGCUUGUGAUCCACAAAGCAGAGAAACAGCCACAUCAACACUCACCUCAAGUGUGCGAAGCUGUGCCGGGGUUACUCUUAUUUUACAUGUAGCGUCUAAUUCACCAAACAAAGGCUGAUGCAUGACAGGGCGUCCUAAAGUAUGAAACUAAUGGACAGGGAGGAGACGAAUGAAAACGUUUCCUUGCCAGGUUCGUUGUUUUCGUAUAUAAAGGGGGGUUGACGUUCAGGAGCCAAUUAAUGGGACAAAUGACAACCAUGUGACCACGAGACCGGCAACAAAUGGUUCCAGCACAUAACUCUCCCUAAGCCACAAACUGUCAUUUUUACUGUUCUGUUUGAGGACUGAUUGAACAACAUGUUAAUCAAUGAGCUUUAGAAAUGUUGGUAGGUGUGUUUUUUGAACUUUGGACCGAGCCAGGCUAGCUGUUUCCCCCGUUUUCCAGUCUUCAUGCUAAGCUAAGCUAAUCACAUCCUGACAUGAGACUGAUCUCCUUCUAAACAUUUCACUCUCAGAAACAAAGAAAAUAAGUGUAUUUUCCAAAAUGCUGAGCUGUUCAUCUAAGGUUUGAACAGAGUGAACUGUACUCUGCCGCCAAAGAGCAAGGCAGCAUCUACUGCAUUGCUUUUCAAAGUAAAAGUCAUAAGAAUCCCAUGUACCCAUAACAGAUUUGUCUAAAUGCAAAUUCAAUUUGACAUCUGAAUGACACGACCAAAACAACUAAAGUACUGGUCCAGUUCCGGCUGCUGGCCCGACUGGUGCUAAUUGGAGCUACCCCAAACCCAGACCAAAUCUGGCAGCCAUAUCUGGACCACAGCAGGGUUACGUUUGGAAACAACGCCAGAACACAGCCGAGUGUCCAGAUUUGAAGAGCUGUUACAUACGCUGACUUUAAGGGACAGUCUGAUAAUCAUUAGGGACAGUUCUUUUGGCCAGAGGGAGGUGGUUCUUUUUUAUUUUCUCACAGCAGAAUUACAUUUUAAUUGUAGCCUUCCCUUGCAAGAUUUAGUGUAGUGAAUUGUAUUCUAAUUUUUUUCCUCUUCUAAUGUGCAAAUUGGCGGCUAUUGUGACAGUUUAAAGGUUUAAAGUGAAGUACACCAAUUAAGUUUGUUUAUAGUGGUGAAACGAGUUGGAGCAAUGGCUGCACUGCUAUAUUAUGAACUGCUGUUAUUUUGAGAUUUUUUUGGGGGGGGGGUUUGUUGGUCCUUUAAAUAGUGAAACCUAAGGUUAAGCCUCUCUCCCAAAUCAAGACAUUUUCAUACAGUCUCUAAACUACCUUUAGUAUAGUUUGGUAUAUUUUAGGCGACUAUUAAAGUUGUUUUUGGCCUGUUUUGAUCAAAGUGCAGGGUGUAACCCCCCCCCCCAAACAGUCAGUGGAGCACAGUCAGACAGGCACGAAUGAACUUGGGAGGGCAAACUGGAAAAGAAAAAAAAAAAAAGCUAAAGUUGUGAUUGUGAUUUCCUUCCUUUCAACGUGUCCAAUAUAAGUAUUGCUCGUUUUCUUUUUCAUGGGAACCUUGAGACUUUGAGUUCUUUUAAAUUGAUAUCACGACGAUUCAUGCACCGCUUUGAAGUUCAAAGGUCAGCUGCCGGCAGUCUCCCAGAUCCAUACACAUGUCAACAAAUCGUAUUGAAUGAUUACACAACGUAAGUGCUGAUAUUGAUUGUCAAUUCCAGAUGUAAUUGCUUUACAGUCGCCCGGGUGCAAUGUAGAAAAAAAAGGAGCCAAAUAGAAAAUCAACUCCUACACAUUUCUUCAACGAUACGGUUUGGAAACAUUGUUUUGUUUUUAAGACCAGUGCCUGUAGUUUUAUUAUGGUUUGGUUUUUUUUUUUAAAUCUUUUUGCAUAGAAACCGUUUAUAAAUUGAACCAGCAGCAGCCGCAAAGAGGAAACGUUUAUGAAAAAGAUAAAAACGCAAAGGAAUGUAGAUGUAAAAUGUGACUUUAAAUGGGUGAUUUCUGUGUGUGUGUGUGUGUGUGUGUGUGUGUGUGUGUGUGUGUGUGCGAGCGAGUGAGCGUGAAGAAAAAGUGAAUUCUGUUGUGCGUUUCAUCAUAUUGCCAGCUGUUUAUUUUAUGUUUUUCUGCUCCUCUUCUCAGAUUUGUACCAGCAGUGCUCAGCUGAUCAGUAGGACAGAGACGACAGAUGGAUAUUAGUCUGAUGAUUCUGUUGUUAUCAUUAUUAUUGAUAUUGAUCUGUGGGGUGACUGUGGGAGGGGACCAGCCUUCUGAUGUUCAAUAUAUAGACACACAUUUGGAAUAAAAAAUUUUAAAAAAUUAAAAGAAAAAAAAAAUAUCAAUGUACCAA